ACCAGCCUAAACCAAAAUUGAGUACAAAUAUUGUUGUCCAAACUUAGCAUAUAUAUACAUAUAGUAUUAAUUAAUUUCAACGGUGGUUCUUUCUUUCCGAUGGCGGCGACCGGGGCGGUGUUGUUGGUGCUACUAGCAUUUACAAUUGGGGUCUUUGCCAAUGACUCUGAUAUGCUUCAAGAUGUUUGUGUUGCUGAUCGUGAAUCGGGAAUAUUUGUCAAUGGAUUUCCCUGCAAAAACAUAAGUAUGAUAACUGCAGAAGACUUUUUCUUUGCUGGGAUUGCUCAACCAGGCAAAAUCACCAACAACAUAUUAGGAUCCAAAGUAACCGGCGCAAACGUGCAAGACAUUCCCGGCCUAAACACGUUAGGAGUCUCGAUGGCUCGAGUCGAUUUUGCUCCUUAUGGUCUAAACCCACCUCACAUUCAUCCUCGUGCCACCGAGAUGAUCUUUGUUCUUAAGGGUGAAUUGUAUGUUGGAUUUAUAACUACCAAUAAUAAGCUCAUUUCUAAGGUUGUUAAGAUUGGUGAAACAUUUGUAUUCCCAAGAGGUUUGGCUCACUUCCAGAAGAACUUGUCCAAAUAUCCAACUGCUGUUAUAGCUGCUUUUAAUAGUCAACUCCCCGGCACUCAGCAAUUUGCUGCCGCGCUUUUUACGUCUAAACCUGAUGUGCCUAACGAUAUAUUGGCUCAGGCAUUCAACAUCAAUACAAAGAAAGUUGAAAUGAUUAGGGCUGGACUUUCUUAAUUUAUUCUUUACACUAAUUUUUAAGUUAAAAAUAUUCAUGAAAGUUUGAGUUUAUGGAUCUUAAUAUAUGUUGGUUGAAAAUAAUGGUUAUUGAGCUUUGUUUAUUUGAUUUCUUUACAAACUAAAUGAAAUGUUUUGAGUUCAUAUGUGUUUCUUAA